UUGGCUUUGACUUGGAUAGGACAUUUAUCUUUACAGAUUUUACAUACAUUGGGUGAGUUAUUCAUCUUCAUUUUUUUUUAAAAUAUAUUCUCCAUGGUGGAGAUAUGUUAUAUACUAUAUCACAACAUAUCUUAUGAGAUGUAUAUUUUUUCUCCUUUUCAAAUCAGUUUUCAACUCCUAUUGGCCAUUAACAAUAACUUUCUAUGCCUUCUGGUCUCAUGGAAUCGUCUCUAACUCUUUGCAACUCUUUCUGAUCUUAUGAGAGGGAUAAAAUGAAAUAUAUAAUGAGAGGCCAAACUGAUCAAAUAAUGUUUAUAGUAUCUUAUUUCUGUAAAGAGCAUUAGUUUAAAAUAGUUAAUGUUGUUACACUAUUUGUAAUCAUUUAGCUUAUAUUACUAACAGACAGAAAUCUUAAAAUAAAAGUGUUUAUCGAGUAGGCCUACAUUAACAAGUGUAAGAAAAAUCUAAGUGAUAUCGCUUAUGCUAGGAAAAUUUUUACUGAUGUAGUUAAAGUUACGAACUGAUUCUUGCAAAAGGAGUUCAAUAACUUCGUUUCGUCUAGGGGUAAUUAGCAACGACACCAAGAUCAAUAUUUGAUAUGGUUCUCUAUUCAAAAAUAAACAUCACAGUUUGCUUUCUUCCUUGUACCUUCUCUCUGCAACUUACUAACUGCCAAAACCAUUACAACGAACGUCAUCUCUCAUACCCAAAUACGUCACCAAUUGAAACAAAAUAGCAACAGCUACACAAUUCAUCUCACACCAAUUACGCUCACUAACAAGUCAUGUACAAAAAACACAAACCAAACACAAAAUCAAUGAACAAAUCAUUAACAGAUGUCUGAUCUUAACUAUUGGCAGGCAAUGUUCUAAAUUCAACGAAAUCAUCCUUCAGAUCCAAAAACAUGUGACAUUCAAUCAAGUCAAAGGACUAUUUGGAUUUGAUGGACGUAACAACAUAGGAAUGAUUGGUUUCCCAGCUAUCCAAGCAGCUCCUAGCUUUAGUUCAGCUUUUCCUCACAUUUUCAAUAAAAGAGAUGACCUGCCAUGUCUCAUUCCAUGUGCAAUUGAUCAGGUUCUGAAGUUAAAAUAA